AUGCCGUUUGGUGAGAAGCAUGCUCGUUUCGGUGACUCCAAGUCGCGAAUGGAGGAUCGUAGCCGAGUGUUGACCAUGAAAUACGGUAAACAGCAAAUGGCACUGAUCCGGAAACGUAUGAAGGUCGAGAACUGGAUCGAAACAGAAGUCACCGAAUUGUUCAAUGGAAAUGAAAACAAUACCGUAGACAUCGAUCUCGAUGUUAUCCAAGAUAUCGAAGAUGUGACAGGAAAACGCAAGUACGCCUUCGAGCAGCUUCAGAAAGCACAUUGUCCAUGCUCAAUGGACAAGAUUAUCAUGUUCUUGGACGAGCUCAUCACCCAACUCAACACUCUCUAA